CCCCUGUCGGAAACCAUGCCGCGCAAGGCGAUCGAUUCGCGCAUUCCAGCGCUCAUCCGAAAUGGAAUGCAGGAAAAGAAACGGAGCUUUUUCGUUGUGGUGGGAGACCGCGCGAAGGAUGUGAUCGUGUAUCUGCAUCACAUUAUGUCCAGCUUCGAUGUCAAGCAGAAUAAGUCGGUGCUGUGGGCCUACAAGAAAGACCUGCUUGGUUUCACGAGUCAUCGGAAGAAGCGUGAGGCAAAGAUCAAGAAGGAAGUUAAGAGAGGCAUCAGAGAACCGAACCAGGAGGACCCCUUCGAGUUGUUUAUUACCCUCAACCAGAUCCGCUAUGUCUACUACAAGGAGACGGAGAAGAUCUUGGGAAACACCUACGGAAUGUGCAUUCUUCAAGAUUUUGAGGCCAUGACGCCGAAUCUCCUCGCACGCACUGUCGAGACGGUUGAAGGAGGUGGAAUCGUUCUGUUACUCUUGAAGGGGAUGAAGAGUUUGAAGCAGCUAUACACUCUGUCCAUGGAUAUCCAUUCUAGAUACAGAACUGAGGCACAUGAUGACGUGAUAGCACGCUUUAAUGAGCGGUUUAUCCUGUCUCUUGGUAGCUGCGAUUCGUGUCUGGUCAUCGACGAUGAAAUGAACGUCUUGCCUAUAUCUGGGGGAAAGAAUGUGAAGCCCCUCCCUCCAGCCGAGUCUACAGACGAGGCUACUCUACCUACAAAGAAAGAGUUGAAGGAAAUCAAGGAUAGCUUGGCAGAAUCUCAGCCUGUUGGUCCUCUAGUCAAUUUGGCUCGGACGGUCGACCAGGCGAAAGCCCUUCUUACAUUCGUUGAUGCGAUCGCUGAGAAGACACUCCGGAACACCGUCACAUUGACCGCUGCCAGAGGUCGUGGAAAGUCCGCGGCUAUGGGUGUUGCUAUCGCGGCUGCCGUUGCUCAUGGCUAUAGCAACAUUUUCAUCACAUCGCCUAGCCCGGAGAACUUGAAGACUCUGUUCGAGUUUGUAUUCAAAGGAUUUGAUGCCCUUGGCUAUCUCGACCAUGUUGACUAUACUAUUCUUCAGUCGACUAAUCCGGAUUUCAACAAAGCCAUCGUCAGAGUCAACGUCCAUCGUCAACACCGCCAAACAAUCCAAUAUAUCCAACCGCAAGAUGCCCAUGUCCUGGGACAGGCAGAGCUGUUAGUUAUCGAUGAGGCUGCUGCGAUCCCACUGCCAUUGGUACGGAAAUUGAUGGGCCCAUAUCUUGUCUUUAUGGCAUCGACCAUCAAUGGUUACGAAGGAACAGGAAGAUCGCUCUCGUUGAAGUUGAUUCAACAGCUCCGUGAGCAGUCAAGAGGCUUGAAAGCAAACGGUCAAGAUGACACCGAUAUUGCCGAUCGUGCGACCGGCAAGGCUUCCAAAAGUGUGGACAAGAAUCUCGCUGGGCGAUCCCUAAGGGAGAUUACUCUCUCCGAACCCAUCAGAUACGCGCCCGGUGACUCGGUAGAGAAGUGGUUGAACAAGGUUCUAUGUCUUGAUGCCACUCUUCCUAAGUCUAAGAUGAACACGCAGGGCUGCCCGCAUCCAUCACAGUGCCAACUGCUCCAAGUCAACCGAGACACGCUGUUUUCUUUCCACCCUGUAUCCGAAAAGUUCCUCCAGCAGAUGAUGGCUCUCUAUGUAGCUAGUCACUACAAGAACACUCCAAAUGAUCUCCAACUCAUGAGUGAUGCCCCAGCACACCAGCUUUUCGUGCUCGUUCCGCCAGUGGACGAAAAUGCCACCAAGUUGCCGGAACCGCUUUGUGUGAUUCAAGUCGCUCUUGAAGGUCGCAUCAGCAGACAAAGCGUGCUCAACAGCUUGAGUCGCGGUCAACGAGCGGGAGGUGACUUAAUACCGUGGCUUGUCAGCCAACAGUUCCAAGAUGAGGACUUUGCCGGUCUCUCGGGAGCUAGAAUUGUUCGUAUUGCAACCAAUCCCGAGUAUAUAAACAUGGGAUACGGAUCGCGGGCUCUGGAAAUGUUGCUGGACUUCUAUGAGGGCAAGUUUACCAGUCUGUCUGAAGAUGCCACCUAUCCCCAGGAAGAAAUGGUCAGAGUCACCGACGAAGAAUUAGCCAAUUCCAAUCUUCUGGAUGACAAUGUUCGUGUUCGUGACAUUCGUUCCAUGCCUCCACUUUUCGGUAAACUAUCAGAACGUCGCCCAGAUGCCCUCGACUAUGUCGGAGUUAGCUACGGCCUGACACCUGCUUUGCACAAAUUCUGGAAACGCUCCUCCUUCGUCCCUGUUUAUCUUCGUCAAACCCCGAAUGAUCUCACGGGCGAGCACUCCUGCGUCAUGCUGCGUACACUCAGCGCGGGCUCGAAUGACAGCAGUUGGCUUGGUGCAUUUGCACGGGACUUCCACAGACGAUUCCUUACCCUGCUCUCAUAUCAGUUCCGAACAUUCCCUUCAGUACUCUCACUCAGCAUUUGCGAAUCUGCCAACGCAGGCGCCAAGUUAGACACAUCUUUCACUCCCAUACCCUUGAAGAAAGCGGAUCUCGAUGCCACGUUUUCCCCCUUCGAUCUCAAGCGCCUAGACAGUUACGCCAACAACCUGCUUGAUUAUCACGUCAUCCUCGAUAUGGUCCCCAUAAUCGCAGAUUCUUACUUUUCUGGCCGUCUAGCAGGGAAAGUCAACCUCUCCGGUGUGCAGCAGUCUAUCCUCCUCGGAAUCGGUCUGCAGCGCAAGAAUCUGGAAGACCUCGAGAAAGAAUUGAACCUUCCUUCAUCGCAGUUGCUAGCCAUGUUCUUAAAGAUUGUCCGGAAGGUCUCCACGCAUUUCCGUUCGUUGGUUGAAGAUGCUGUUGCGGACUCCCUUCCCGCAAAUAAGGUUCCCCUAACGAUCACUUCGGCUGAUGCUCAUGAGGAGACACCUGACGAGCGAUUCAAACCACUGGAAACGGGACUAGAGGAUGAGCUGAGAGAAGGAGGACAGCAGGUAGACGAGGAGUUAAGAGAAAAGCAGAGGGCGCUGAUUGAUGCGCUUCCAUUGGAAAAAUACGAAAUUGACAACGGCGCCGCCUCCUGGGAAAUAGCCGAGAAGCAGAUAAAAUCUGGCGGAGCAUCAACCGUCAGCGUCAAGUCCUCUUCAGCAAAACGGAAGAAGGGCGAGACGGCCCGCGAGAUCUACGACAAGGAAAUCGAGUCGAAGAGGCAGAAGAUUAUCAAGAAGGGGACGGAGGGGAGGAAAAAACGGUGAAGAGAAAGAAAAGUGACGAUUUGACUUUGACAAUUGUCGGUUCCGUGCUGGGAUAUUUAUUACUUCCUUUAACUUAAAGAGACAUGACAAGACGUCUUGGACAGGGAUUUUGAAGUUGCAUUCCGGUUUCUUCUAAAAAAAGAUUCUCCUGCGCAAAGUCAGUUAUAUCUGUAUAUCUUUUUGAAGCUAAUGAUGAAAAAACAACUGGAUAGAAUUAGGAUGAUAUAAAACUAGUUUGGGCAUUUUUGGUCCUUUUUUUUUUUCUUUUUUUUAAAAAAUAAAAUAAAAUAAAAUAUUA